UUCUACCGUGACCUUCGAUUUACUUAAACAUGUUCUAAUUAAAUAUAAUAUAUUGAUCGAUUUUACACUAUACGUUAAAUCCUAUAAUAUUGGUAUUUCAUUUAUUCUAACUACAUGUAUAUUUUACAAAUAUGGACUUCGUUUUACAUAUAGGUGUGGGCAGUCAUGGGAUCAGGAAGCUCGAAAAAUGAUAAGAAAAAUGGAAAUGGAAUUACGCCUGCGGUAAAGACAGAAAUUCAUACACCGGUCAAAGAACAACCAGCACAGGAAGUUCGAAAAGAAGAAAUGUUCCGGACAUUUAAAGCAGAACAAAACUCGCCGUCAGCAACAAAAACGAAUAAAUCCGGUAAUGCGAAUGAAGCUGAAUUACCUUGGAAACAAGCCUUGGAUAAAGUAGAAGCGAUGGAGAUAUGGGAGGGAAAAAACCGGGAAGAAAGGAGUCCAUGGAAAGAAUAUUUACAGAAAGCAGACGACAUUUUAAAGAAACCGCGUAAAGCGAUUCCUAAGGAGAUAGUGAGUCAGAUCCUUCAAGGUGACAUGACGGCCGUAGAUAUAUCCAGCGUGCCGACAGCCCAGCCAAAGGUCGUUGUAUUUGUCAGUUCAACUUUUACAGACACCAAAGCUGAGCGAAACCAUCUUAUGAAAGAUGUUUAUCCAUAUUUAAGAAGUUUAUGCAGGCGACUUGGUGUCGAAUUUGGUACAGUGGACAUGAGGUGGGGAGUGACAAAAGAGGCCACGCUGGAUCACAGUACAGUAGAUAUGUGCGUCAACGAAAUACAUAGAUGUGUUAAAGACAGUGUUGGUCCGGCUUUUCUGUGCCUGAUGGGUCACAAGUAUGGAUAUAGACCUCUGCCUGCACAAAUAGAGCAAUCGGAGUUAGAUACUCUUCUACAUCAUCUGCAACAGGCUGGGCAAGAUACUUCGAUGAUUAAAAGCUUCUAUUCACUCGACAAUAAUGCGGUCCCGUCUGAAUUUGUACUAAAACCUCAAACGGAAGACAAUAAAACAUGGUGGGACGACGUUGAAACGAUUCAGAAUCAGCUGCGAGAAGCCUCCGCCGCUUGCUUUGGCAAAGAAAACGCGAAAUAUGACAAAUACCAUAUAUCUGUGACCGAAACUGAAAUACAUGAGGGUGUAUUUAACAAUCAAAACGCUAAAGAUCAAGCUAUUUUCAUACGUCGAGAUCUCGCGAGAUUUGAUUCGGAAUUUCACAAAGAUCGUAAAAUCCUUGAUCUUGUAGGGAAAGAAGUUGACGAAUAUGCCCAUGACAAACUUGCAGAACUCAGGGAAAAGAAGAUAACCAGUAAGGUUCAUCCCGACACUGUAAGAGAUAUGAAAUAUGAAGAAGGAAAACCAACACAGAUUACUGAUCAAAUAAGAGAUUUGUGUGAGCAUGUUUGUAAAACUAUGGCUGAUGGAAUUCUGGAAAGCUACGAAAAGCGGCUUCAUGUUGAAGAGGAUAGAGUAUUUCAAGAAGCAUUGCAACACAGAACCCAUGCAAACGAGAAAGCUGGUUUAUUUGUUGGGAGGGAACACGAAAUUGGAAUGAUAUCAGAUUAUCUUCACUCAGAGUCAUUAACGCCGCUUGUUGUUCACGGUCAAUCUGGUUGUGGGAAAACGGCAUUAAUGGCCGUUGCUGCAAGAAAAGCAAAAGACGUUUUUCACAAUGCUGUAGUAGUUCUUCGUUUCCUGGGUACAACCGGACAAACCGCAUCCGCUCGGCUACUACUGCUGAACGUGUGUGCGCAGAUCACUCGUGUUUUCGACAAAGAUUUGUCAGCCAUACCUACAUCUUACAAAGACCUCGUGAAAUACUUCCGAACCUGCCUUGCAUUUGCUACAUCGGAUAAACCUAUCAUAGUGUUUCUUGAUUCAUUAGACCAGUUGAAUAACGAAGACUUUGGACAAAAUUUAGCGUGGCUUUCGUUAUCCGAAGAUUUGCCUCCGAAUGUUAGACUGGUGGUAUCAUCUUUACCAACCCGUUCUUUAGAUAUUCUUAAAUCCCAUCUGAAGGACGCUGUAUUUGUUGAAGUUAAGCAAUUGUCCAUAAAUGAAGGACCUGAAAUUUUAAACAAAAUGCUCGAAGCGAAACAUCGCCGUGUGACUGAAUCUCAGAAAUCACUUAUCAUUAAUGCUUUCAAGAAGUGUCCAUUGCCUUUGUUUUUGCGUCUGGUUGUUGACAUUGCUGAACGUUGGAAAUCGUUUGAAGACGUAGACUCUGAUGCUUUAGCAGACGACAUGCCCGGCCUGAUUACUAAGUUGUUUGAUCGACUAGAAUCCCGUUAUGGUGACAUGUUUGUGCACCAUUCUCUAGGUUACAUAACUGCUUCUAAGAAUGGUUUAUCACUUGCUGAGCUAGAGGACAUACUAUCAUGUGAUGACGAAGUUUUGGACAGUAUUUUCAAGUGGUGGAUACCACCAAUUAGGCGUAUGCCUCCACUUCUAUGGGCGAGGGUAAGAAACGAGCUUGGCAUUUAUCUCUCAGAAAAAGGCACCGAUGGAAUAAGCGCCUAUGGAUGGUACCAUAGGCAGUUCUGGGAAACAGCCGAGAAAAGAUACAUCCAAAGGCCUUACAAUAAAGAUAAACAAAACUUUGGCGAAAAAGCCCACACAGCUAUUGCAAACUACUUUGAAGGUAAAUGGGAUAACGGGAAACUGUAUACUCACAAAGGAGAGACGAAAAAUGAAGAUAGAAAAAUAGCUAAACAGCCUCUUGUCUUGGGUGGACUAAAUCGUGAGACGAAACGACAGCUUAACAGGAGGAAACUCACAGAGCUGCCAUAUCAUCUUAUACAACUGAAAGAAUGGGACCGGUUUAAAAAGCUCGUAUUAGAUCUAGAGUAUGUCGAGGCAAAGUUUGAAGCUGGUGACGGUUACAAUUGUCUUAGUGAACUUAUAGAAGCUACAAAACGAUCUGCGUGUGAAGAUAUCAAGAGAAUAACUCGGUUUGUUGGAUCAAAUCUAGGGUUUUUGAUAAGAGAACCGUCCGGGGUUUAUCAGAUGGCUUUACAGCAGGCAAGGGGAAGUUGCAUACGAGAACUGUUGGACGUGUUGAACAAGGAAAGUUUACCAAUGCCUCUGAUGGUAAAUCUACACGAAUCUGACUAUGACGACCCUUGUGAAAUGACCAUGCAUGGACAUACCGCGACGCUUCGAUGCUGCAACUUUUCACCUACAGGGGAUCUUAUUCUAUCUUCGGCUGACGACUGUACUAUGCGGGUCUGGGAUGCAACAACAGGGGCUGAGAUAGUGACUAUUACGUCACUUCCGGAACCAAUAUUUCCGGAUGAAAGUGAAGGCAUGCAGCUGAUGUUACAUCCAGUAAAUCCUUCGUGUUUCUCACGCACUGGUGAAAAUAUAGCAAAUGGUACAGAGUUAGGUGAAGUCAUGCUUUGGGAUAAAUCCGGUGUUCAGUUAUGCUCUCAGAGCACGGGUAAUAAGGCGGUGGUGUAUAUACAAUUCUCCCCAGACAAUCGUCACAUCGCCACGGCCUUCAAAAACAGUGUUCUCUCAAUUUGGUCGUCUGCAGACUUGAAUCUCGUGAAAACGGUUAAUAUCGACUGGUAUGAUUUGACAUGUCUGGACUUUUCUAGGGACGGAAAGAAACUGGCCGUGAUGAGCACGAGAGGACUUAUUUUGUUGGAUACGAACGAGUACAAUGUGACAUCAAAGACACCAGGAAGUUGCUAUACCAAUCUUUGCUGUGCUUUUCAUCCAACGGGCUCAUGGGUAAUGACUGGCGGAGAUGACAGCUGCGUGGGUAUAUGGAACGCCGAAACCGGCGCCUUUAUCUCAAAAAUGAGAAAACACACUGCUUGGAUUUGGUCCAUACAAUUCACCCCUGACGGUAAACAUAUGUUUACAGGCUCCUCCGAUAGAUCAAUGAAAGUAUGGCAGAUGGGAGAAUCUCGUUGGGAUGUCAUAGCAACAGUAGGGGGUCACUCACACAGGGUCAGCAUGAUUUCAAUUACAGGAAGUGGUGAUAAAAUUGUCACCUCUUCAUUAGACAGAUCACUAAAGGUAUGGGACACAAAAACUCUACUACAAGGCGCUGUGCCCCCUGUCGGAAGCGGUCAUUACCUCACAUGUAUGACGUCACCAAAUGGAGCAUUGGUUGCAAUUUCCCAAGGUUGGAGCAGGGUAUGUGGGAUACUGGAGACAGGAAAUCCUGAUCAGGAACCAAAGAAGUAUACCGAGGCUCAUACAGGGUUUAUAAAAAUGGUACAGUUCAACCAUGAUGGCAGUUGCUUGUAUGUGCUUGACCAUGGACAUUGUGGAACAUACGAUGCCGGAUCAGAAAAGAAUGCCCGGAUAGAGAUUUGCCCGGUAUCAGAUGAUGGCGAAAGCACAUAUAUAGACGUAGAAUCACCGUACUGCUUCUCUCUAACGAACAAACACGUCGUCGUCGGAACAUUUUCCGGGUAUAUCCACAUGUUUGACUUAGAAAGCGAUAAAGAAAUAUUCAAAUGGAAGUCACGAAGUACAGGGACUAUUACCAGGGUAGCAGCAUGGAACGGAGGUUCCAGAUACCUUGUUGCUGCGUGUUUCGGCCAAGUAUGCCAAAUAUGGGAAUUCAACGGAAGUAGUGUCAAUCUCCUGGCCGACUUGACUGAGAAUGAUUCGGAUAUUUCCGAAGUUUCAUUUUCCCCCGACGGCCGAUAUCUUGUCAACGGCGGCAACUCUGGAAAACUUUAUAUAUGGGAUACUUCAAACAAAAAAGUCACUCUUUAUAAAGUGGCUACUGAGCAUGCGUCAUACAUCAAGGAUGUGAGGUUCUCAACUUCCGGGAACUAUUUAGCGACGUCAGCAGGCCUGACCAUGCGCAUGUGGGACGUCAAAAAUAAUUUUAAUCUAUUUUCGACAUAUUAUGCUCCCGUUAACUGCGCAUCAUUUUUGAAUGAUAGUGUAGUUAUCGUUGGUGAGGCUACCGGAAACAGGAAGUUCCUGCAAUUUAGGAAAUUGGUAUCAAAUUGACGUCAUCAGCUGUCAUAUGACCGGAAGUUUGGCGUAGAACACUUGAUUUGUGUACAUUAGUUAUACCUUUAUUUAUACAUCUUUCUAUUUUCUAGUUUAUCUAAAUUUUGCAAUACUUUAUUUGCUCAAUAUUAUUUUAAUAUUUGCAAGUAGGAAACGAAAUUAAUACAAGUGAAAUAUGACUUUUUCAUUGCGUGGUGACACGGGGCAAAGACAAAAGAACUGUGACGAGGAACCAAUCCGGUAGACAGAGAUAAUAUCAUUUAACCGUCUUUUACACUCAUAAGGGGAGAAAACUCGAAAGCGUGAACUAUAUGUUGAUUCUAGACAACUAGCAGGUGGUUCUGAUAAUGCCUGUAAAGAUAUAAGUUGUUUUUUGUUGUUGUUGUUUUUUUUUUUUUGGGGGGGGGGAUCAGUUACAUAA